AUGCGUUGGAUACCCUUUCUUGUAGGUGCAACAGUGGCCAACGAACUGAUAACGCUUUCACCUUCGAUUUCAACGAACGUCAACCCUGUCAACACCGAUCAGACAAGGUCUUCUGAAGAAACGAUCAACGACGACCAAUUGUUCAUAGGAGACGACAUCAUCUGCAACCAAAACGAGUGCUAUCCCAAGCUUUUCGAAGCCAAAGAAUACUGGCAGGAAGUAAGACCUGAACAACAGAUCAUAGCAGGUUUGGACGUCAAAAUGGACCUAGAAACAGGACUUCGGGAAGCCAAACUCAGCUCGAAGAAACAAACCGAGGAAUACGAAGAUAAAUCCAGUUACGAAUUCAGUCAAGAUUUCAACAAGAUUACAGAUUUGCUCAAAACUAAAGAUUACGCAGCUAUCGAUGCUGUAGCAGACGACUUGCUGGAAUUCUCCCACGAUUUCAAGCACGGCUACAAGAUUAUCGCACACGAGUUUAGGCUUUUGAAGUCGCUACUUAUGGCCCAAGAUACACCAUUGUCGACCAAACUAAUUGUGUCUAGCAUGUUGACAGCUUGUCUGCGCAACAACCCACCCGCUGUUGCGUACGUUCAAAGCGUAGACCCAGCCUUCACACAGGAAAUCUUCAAAGAAGUAGCUGAAUUGAUAACGGAAUCUUCCAAGGGCCAACGCGGGGUCUUGGUCAAGCGAUACCUGUCCAUUGUGCAGGCUAUGUCCCUGCAGUCAUCAGAUCUUGACGAAACCGUUUUGCUCAAACUGUGCCAUUGGGGUGAUUCUCAAAUCAAAAGAAGAGCUCUCGAAACUGCAUCUCUGCUGUUUUCCGCAAACAACCCACAAUCUUUGCAUAAAAGGUCCGACCAGUCCGCACAAGAUGCUCAGCAAUGGAUAAACGACUUUGCCACGGGAAUCCAGGAUCAAGACGUGGAUGAGUUGCAUGUCCGCAAUUUCUUCAACAGCUUGCAGCGCAUCAAACAAGAAUUUGGCAAAAGCGUCAAAGUCGACUCUUCUUUCCUCAAUUGGCUCUCCAAAGAGUCCGAGCAUAGGCAGCAACGCCUCAGCAAUGGACUGCAGGAAAGAGACCUCGAACAGGAUGAAUUUGACAAAUCAUUGAUUGACAGCAGACACCUGGUGUUUGGUAAUCCUCUGGCCCAACGCAUCAAGCGUUUCGACGACGAGCUUUAG